GUGAUUCCGGUUAAUUUCAUCAAAACUAUUUCGUUUUACCCGAAAAAAUGGAAACUUUGAUCGGAAUUCGUGGUCCAGACUUUGUCAUGCUGGCCGCGGACUGCACACAUGCCCAUUCGAUUAUGGUUCUGAAAGAUGAUGAAAAUAAAAUCUACAAGAUUUCCGAUAAUCUGAUGAUGGCAACGAUUGGAGAGGCAGGUGAUCGGGUGCAAUUUACGGAAUACAUCAGCAAAAACAUUCUGCUAUACAAAAUGCGUAACGGAUACGAGUUGGGACCGAAAUCGGCUGCCCAUUUCACUCGGAAGAAUUUGGCUGAUUAUCUGCGAUCUCGUACUCCGUACCAAGUGAAUGUACUGGUGGGAGGCUAUGACGAGGCGGACGGUGCUCAGUUGCACUACAUCGACUAUCUGGCCAACUCACUGCCAGUAAAGUACGCAGCCCACGGUUAUGGUGGCUUGUUUGUGGCCAGUAUUCUGGAUCGAUAUCAUCAUACCAAGAUCACCCAGGCCGAGGCGUACGAAAUAAUGAAGAAAGGCGUUACCGAAAUUCAGAAGCGACUGAUUAUUAACUUACCCAACUUCAAAGUAUCCGUUAUCGACAAGGAUGGCAUCAAGGAAAUGAAGGACAUAACAGCCGAUAGCUUGAAGGCAGAGCCUGUUGCGGCUUGAAUGGUGCAGGGUGGUAUGGUAAGUUGUUCGGAACCGGAAUAGGGUGGAACAAUAAAUUUCGAUUUACAUU